AUGGAUACGUCUGAGUGCACUAACUGUGUUAAGUUCAUCAAUGCCAUAGCGCCCCUAUGGGUUGCUGAUUUCCGCAAGUGUUGGAUGGGACGCGGGAAUUCGAAUAAUAAGCCUGUUCCGGCCAGCACUCACCCUAUGCUCGUCCGCCUUGCUAUAGUCUUGCCUGUACUGGGCUUCUCACAGGACUCUGGUGAUCGGAGGAGAAUUCAAGGCUUAACUUCAACUACACCACCAGAUUCUACCACUCCCGAGAAUCGCCAAAUCUCAACGGUCCUUCGAGCUACUGCAAAUACUGGCAAUCUCCUCGUGUCUGCCAAGGUGGAGAUCAGCCGUGCUCCAUCGAUGUUUGUGAUGUCCCCUCCGGUCUGCCUCUACGGCGACCAGCCCUGUGGUGACGUGAGCACCUGUCAAGCCCCUAUCGUCGGUUUUACGACCUUCGACUUGGACGGGGAUCAGCAUGUCGGUCCUUCAGCUGCAUGCGAUCUGUACUGCCAAGGAUUGAACGAUGACGAGAGCUACUGCAAACACUGGCAGAAUCCUGCAGUUUGUCAUUCUGGCGAUCAACCAUGUGGGCCAACUGUAUGCGAUCCAAUUGACACGACCGCAGUCUUCUCGACCACUGCAGUGUCCACUGCCCCGGUCUCGUCCAGCCCGACGACGACUCUUGUCACGACGCUGGCUCCGACUACUACAACUGAUGUUGUCACUACUCCUUCCGCUGGUACCUCUGUAUCUCCGACGACUGUUUCUGCCAUCUUUGGUGGGGACUCGGAUCCAACGACUCCCGAGUCAAGCGAGUGUGACCUCUACUGCAAGUCUCUGAAUGGAGACGAUAGUUAUUGCAAGUCCUGGCUGAGUCCUCCUGUAUGCCAAAAGGGUAAUCAACGAUGUGAUCCAUCUACCUGCAUUGUGGAGACCACCGAGCCUAUCUUUGGUGGAGAUGCGGAGACAACUCCCGUUACCUCUACGACUGAUGACAGUGCGGCGUGCGAUCAUUAUUGUAAACUUCUCAAUGGUGAGGCUAGCUAUUGCAAACAAUGGCAAACUCCUGCCGUCUGCCUCUAUGGCGAUCAGCCCUGUGAUGACGCUAACGUAUGUAGAUCGCCAAUAGAAGGAAUCACCACUGCCGACUUGGAUGGUGACAAUCAUACCGGUGAGUCUUCCGCCUGCGACGCAUAUUGUAAGGGCCUGAACGGUGUCACAAGUUAUUGCAAGUACUGGCAGCAUCCUGCCGUUUGUCUUGAUGGUGAUCAGCCUUGCGGACCUUCUGUUUGUGAUCCCUCAACGACGACUUCCAGCCUCACUUCAGAAGCAGUCUCUACUACGACUUCAUCCGAGGCGACUACUCCCACGACUAUAACAAUUCCGACUCCAGCCACGACCACAGUCGCUACCGCAGUUAGUUCUACUACGGGCAGCGACUCUGCCAUCACCACCACGACUGCAGGAGGCCCAUUGUUUGGUGGGGACGCUGAUACAUCGACCUCUCCGGUGGUCGGUGAAGGUUACGUUUGUGAUUACUAUUGCCAGCUGCUGAAUGGUCCGGAGAGUUACUGCAAGUUCUGGCAGUCUCCUGCCGUUUGUCAAUAUGGAGACCAGCCAUGUGGUGAUGUUACAACAUGCUCCUCGCCAAUCAUUGGCACUUCAACUUAUGACUUGGUUGGUGAUCAACACGGCGGCUCUUCAUCAGCCUGCGACUCGUACUGUCAAGGGCUGAACGGCGACUCUAGCUAUUGCAAAUACUGGCAGAAUCCUGCAGUCUGUCUUGGUGGUGACCAACCUUGUGGUCCGUCAAUAUGCGAUCCUACAACUUCGACUGCCCCGGACUCCACUUCGUCGACUCCGCCUUCAUCCGUAUCGUCUACAACGUCGGGGACUUCUCAGUCGGUGGCCACCACGUCACUCGUCUUCGGAGGCGACUCAGAUUCGACCAUCGAGGCCUCCAAUGGGUGCGACACCUACUGUAAGGCUCUGAACGAUGAAUCCAGUUACUGCAAGUACUGGUUGGAUCCUCCGGUCUGCCAAAGUGGAGAUCAGGUGUGUGAUCCCUCUGUUUGUUGA